UUACGGAUUCGAGAGUACCAUCACCGAGUACUCUCUCUAUCUGCCAAAGUGUGUUGUUUUGUGGUACCAAACGGAAACUGAUCUACACAUCACAACAAAUACAAAGUGAUUUGGAUUUAAACUGUUUUGACAAAAAAUUACCGAUAUUGUACCGGCUAAUCACAUUUAUUUCAAAUCAGAAGCAGUUUUGUGCAGCUCUAAUUCUUGGAUUAAUUGUGCAUUGGUGAACUUAUUUGUGGCAAUAAUACAAACAAGAAAAAGAAGAUUUAAGACCAAAAAAAGAAACACAUUAAAAUGCAAUCUACUUUGGUAUUCACAUUUUUGCUAUCGAUAGUAGUGGUGAGUGAAGCUGGCUACUCUAGCGGCGGAUAUGGUAGUUCAUUCGGUAGUAUUGGACAUGGUUUCUCCGGUUUUGGUGGCAAAGAGCACGUACACAUUCGUAUUCACAUACCAGAAACUGUACACCAUUCACAUAGCACUCAAGAAGUUGUUUCACAUGGCUAUGGCGGCCAUGGGCAUAGCAGUUCAUCAAGUCUUCCUGCUGAAGUAAUUGGAAGCAUUAUCAGUGGUGGAGGUUCCUCCGGUGGUCAUUAUUCAUCGUCUUCACAUGGUAGCGGUGGAUAUUCACAUGGCAGCGGUGGAUAUUCGCAUGGUGGCAGCCAUGGUCAUUCUCAUGGUAGUUCAUCGGGUCUUCCAGCUGGAGUCAUUAGUAGCAUCAUUACUGGUAGCAGUGCCACUGCUGGUCAUUAUUCACAUGGCGGUGCUGGACAUUCACGUGGAAGCAAAUUGAGUCCAGCCGCUAUCGCAGCAAUUGUAAGCGCAGCAACUAAAGGCAACGGGCAUGGACAUGGUCACAGUCACGGUCACGGUUCGUCCGGACAUGGUUCGACUAAAACAAUCAUCAUCAAAUCAGGUGGAAAGCAUGGUGGAUCUAACUACGGAUCAAGUUAUCACGGCUCGGGUGGAAACUCAAUUUCGCCAGGACUCUUAGCAGCUAUUUCCGGCAAACAUAGCUCACAUGGUUCACAUGGCUCUCAUGGUUCACAUGGCUAUGGAUACAGUGGAAGAAGCCAUGGCGGUAUUGAUACAGCAACUAUUGUUAGUGCAGCUCUUAGUGGUGGUUCACAUGGAUACAGUGGUGGACACUCACAUUCACAUGGUGGAUCCGGAAUUGAUGCUGCCUCUAUUGUAUCUGCACUUGCAUCAAGUGGUGGACAUGGUGGACAUGGUGGACACUCUCAUGGUGGAUCAGGUAUCGAUGCUGCUUCAAUUGUAUCUGCACUUGCCUCAAGCGAUGCGCACUCACAUUCACAAUCAUACUCGCACGGUGGAUCAGGUAUUGAUGCGGCCACAAUUGUUUCUGCAAUUGGUGCUAGCGAUGAGCACUCACAAUCACAUUCGCACGGUGGGUCUGGCAUUGAUGCCGCCUCAAUUGUCUCUGCACUCGCAUCAAGCGAUGGACACUCACAUUCACAAUCAUAUUCGCACGGUGGAUCUGGUAUUGAUGCCGCCACAAUUGUAUCGGCUCUUGGUUCAAGCGAUGGCCAUUCACACUCAUAUUCUCAUGGCGGUGGUUCAGGUGUUGACGCUGCCACAAUCGUUUCCGCUCUUGGGGCUAGCGAUGGGCACUCACAAUCACAUUCGCACGGAGGAUCUGGCAUUGAUACCGCCUCAAUUGUCUCUGCACUCGCAUCAAGCGAUGGACACUCACAUUCACAAUCAUAUUCGCACGGUGGAUCUGGUAUUGAUGCCGCCACAAUUGUAUCGGCUCUCGGUUCAAGCGAUGGACACUCACACUCAUAUUCUCAUGGCGGUUCAGGUGUUGAUGCCGCCACAAUUGUAUCCGCUCUUGGCUCAAGUGAUGGAUACUCGAAGUCUCAUUCUCAUGGUGGAUCUGGCAUUGAUGCUGCCUCAAUUGUGUCUGCACUUGCAUCAAGCGAUGGACACUCACACUCACAAGCACAUUCGCACGGUGGAUCAGGUAUUGACAGUGCAAUCAUUGGAGCCAUAACCGAAGGUGGACAAUCACAUUCACAGUCAUAUUCCAGUCACGGCGGUUCAAAUAUCGAAUCAUUGGCACCAAUUGUUGGAGCACUUGGUGACAGUGGACACAGUCAAUCAUAUGGAAACGGUCAAUCACAUUCGUCAGGUGGUUUCGAUGCAGUUUCAAUCGUAGGUGCCCUUUCUGAUUCGCAUCAUGAUUCGGGCGCAUACAGCAAUGGUGGUGGCUUGGAUGUUGCUUCAAUUGUUAGUGCUGUUGGCCAAUCGGACAAAGGAUACUCAUCUCAGGGUCAUUCAAGUGGUGGUGGUGGUGGAGGAGUAGAUGUGGUACCUUUGCUCGGUGCCAUUGGAGGAAGUGAUUCCGGAUCUAACUCGUACAGUCAACAAUAUAGCUCACAAGGUUACUCAAAAGGUUUGGAUACAGGUGCAUUAGUAAGCGCCAUUUCUGAUUCACACUCAUAUUCAGCUCCAGCCACAUCGCAAGCUUAUUCGGUAUCACAAAGCUACGGAACUCCAUCACAAAGCUAUGGAACACCAUCACAAAGUUAUUCAACACCAACUCACCAAACUAUUUCCAUACAAACCUAUUCAGUUCCGGCUUCGGCUCCAUCCCAAUCGUACGGCGCUCCAUCCCAAUCGUACGGCGCUCCAUCCCAAUCGUAUGGCGCCGGAUAUGCUGAGCCAGUUUCAAAUGGUGGAUUUGUGGGAAGCCAUACAUUCGGCGGUGCAUCAACAGAUGCCUCAUAUGCAACUGGCCAUAGUAGCUAUAGUAUUGGCAAUCAAAACCUUGCUACUGCAACUGGUCAUGAUAACUAUCAAGGCCACGACUCUUAUCAAGCUCCUCCAAGUGGUAUUCCAUAUUCAAAUAGCGGUGACAGUACUGUUGCAGAUGAUGGGUAUGAUUACCCCAGACCAUCCGACGGUCUAUCGCAUUAAGCGUUCAUUUCGCAAUCACCAGCAAUUUGGUGAUAUUUUAAAGUUAUUUAAAUGCUAGGUUUUCUAAUCAAUGCUAUUCAUAAAAUCAAGUGAUUUUUUGCUGCAUUUGAGGGGAACGAAAAAAUUGCCAUUGGAUGUCGAGAAAUUUACCUAGGCGUGAUUAAUUUCAUUCUCCCUCUCUUUCUUUCUCUUUCUUUCUCUUUCUAUAUCUAGUUUUAUAAUUUUCAACACUGUUCAUACCUCUUACUAUCCCUCUUCUUUUCUUCUUGCUCCUUCCUAUUCUCUCUGCCAUCCAUUUCUUAUUAUUUAUUCACUUCAGUUGAAUGGAUGCAAGCUGAAUGCAAUUUUACACUCUCUAUAGCAAUAUAAUUCAUAGCAGUUUUGAUUCAUCGAAUCAAAUUAAUUACUCACGGGUACAUAUUCACAUAUCUCACACACUUCUAAAGCAACAGAAUUCAGCGAAAUAUCAUAUUUUUUCUAUUUCUUUCAUACUUUACUCUUUCCAUCUUUUCAUUUUCACGCAUCUAUCAUCCUCGAACUAUUACCAUUUCACAUUUUUAGUUACCAACCACUGAUUCUGAUGUUGAAGUCGUUUUCAUAACGGUAUCAAUAUCAAUUGCGUGUAACGAAUUUGUUAAGUUUUUGUAUCUAUUUAAAUUUAUUAAUUUAAUGAUAUGCAAAUUAGACUGUUUCUUGAUAAAAUAAAAAUUUGUUUAAAAAAUAAA